GACAGCUGCGCAGUCCGAGCGAGCCCCGCAGGAAAGCAGGGGCGCAGAGAGGAGCCCCUUGGCCCCGCCACCCUCCCUAGGCCCCCACCUUCAUCCCCCACCCUAGGCCCCCACCAUGGCGCUGGGCUUGGAGCAGGCGGAGGAGCAGCGGCUGUACCAGCAGACGCUCCUGCAGGACGGGCUCAAGGACAUGCUGGACCACGGCAAGUUCCUGGACUGCGUGGUGCGCGCCGGCGAGCGCGAGUUCCCGUGCCACCGCCUGGUGCUGGCCGCCUGCAGCCCCUACUUCCGCGCGCGCUUCCUGGCCGCGCCCGAGCGCGCGGGCGAGCUGCAGCUGGAGGAGGUGUCGGCCGACGUGGUGGCGCAGGUGCUGCACUACCUGUACACGUCGGAGAUCGCGCUGGACGAGGCCAGCGUGCAGGACCUGUUUGCCGCGGCGCACCGCUUCCAGAUCCCGUCCAUCUUCACCAUCUGCGUGUCCUUCCUGCAGAAGCGCCUGUGCCUGUCCAACUGCCUGGCCGUGUUCCGCCUGGGGCUCCUGCUGGACUGCGCGCGCCUGGCCGUGGCCGCCCGAGACUUCAUCUGCGCGCACUUCACGCUGGUGGCGCGCGACGCCGACUUCCUGGGACUCUCGGCCGACGAGCUCAUCGCCAUCAUCUCCAGCGACGGCCUGAACGUGGAGAAGGAGGAGGCGGUGUUCGAGGCGGUCAUGCGCUGGGCGGGCAGCGGCGAGGCCGAGGCGCAGGCGGAGCGCCAGCGCGCGCUGCCCACCGUCUUCGAGAGCGUGCGCUGCCGCCUGCUGCCGCGCGCCUUCCUGGAGAGCCGCGUGGAGCGCCACCCUCUCGUGCGCGCCCAGCCCGAGCUGCUGCGCAAGGUGCAGAUGGUGAAGGACGCGCACGAGGGCCGCCUCACCACGCUGCGCAGGAAGAAGAAGGGGAGGGACGCUGCCAAGGAGGCCGAGAAGGGCGCGGGCGAAGCCAAAGCAGAGGACGAGGAGGAGGCCGAGCGCAUCCUACCCGGGAUCCUCAACGACACCCUACGCUUCGGCAUGUUCCUGCAGGACCUCAUCUUCAUGGUCAGCGAGGAGGGCGCGGUGGCCUACGACCCUGCAGCCAACGAGUGCUACUGCGCCUCCCUCUCCAGCCAGGUCCCCAAGAACCACGUCAGCCUGGUUACCAAGGAGAACCAGGUCUUCGUGGCUGGAGGCCUCUUCUACAACGAAGACAACAAAGAGGACCCCAUGAGCGCCUACUUCCUGCAGUUUGACCACCUGGACUCAGAGUGGCUGGGGAUGCCACCGCUGCCCUCGCCCCGCUGCCUCUUUGGCCUGGGAGAGGCUCUCAACUCCAUCUACGUGGUCGGUGGCAGAGAGAUCAAGGACGGUGAGCGCUGCCUGGACUCCGUCAUGUGCUACGACCGGCUGUCAUUCAAAUGGGGCGAGUCGGACCCGCUGCCCUAUGCGGUGUACGGCCACGCAGUGCUGUCUCACAUGGACCUUGUCUACGUCAUUGGCGGCAAAGGCGGCGACAGGAAGUGCCUGAAUAAGAUGUGUGUCUAUGACCCCAAGAAGUUCGAGUGGAAGGAGCUGGCACCCAUGCAGACCGCCCGCUCACUCUUCGGGGCCACUGUCCACGAUGGCCGCAUUGUUGUGGCAGCUGGGGUCACCGACACAGGGCUGACCAGCUCUGCUGAGGUGUACAGCAUCACAGACAACAAGUGGGCACCCUUCAAGGCCUUCCCGCAGGAACGCAGCUCCCUCAGCCUGGUCAGCCUGGUGGGCACCCUCUAUGCCAUCGGAGGCUUUGCCACACUGGAGACUGAGUCCGGAGAGCUUGUUCCCACAGAGCUCAAUGACAUCUGGAGGUAUAACGAGGAGGAGAAGAAGUGGGAGGGUGUCCUGCGGGAGAUCGCCUACGCGGCAGGUGCCACCUUCCUGCCAGUGAGGCUCAACGUGCUUCGCCUGACCAAGAUGUGAGCAGCCCGGGGCCUGAGCUCAGUACCAUCCCAUCCUGCGGCCCUCACAGAUCUGGCCUUGUGGGUGCUCCGGAGAAGCGGUCAGGAGAGGCCAGAGUCUGGACCCAGUUAGGGUGCCCUGGGGCUUCGUCAGCCAAGGAAAGGGACGCUGCCUGGCCCCGGCCUUUUGGGCAAGGCUGAGGAACUAGUGGCUUCUCCAUUGUCCAUGUCUCCCUGGGUCGUCUUGACCCAUGAGCCAGAACCACAGGGCGGUAUCCUGGCCCUGCCCAGCCUGGCCGAAGCGCUGGAAAGUUCCCCAUAGAACUGAGUCUUCUCGCCUAUCAGGCGGGAGCGUCCCCGUUAAUGCAGUGUACGGGGCAGUCUCUGUCUCUAAGAAGAAUAAAGUGCCUUCUGAGCAAGCA